UGGAGAUUGAGACUAUCAACUCCUCUCAUUCUAUAAGCUCUUGUGCGCGUCGUCUGUAUCUCCUUACGCCUCUGGGGACACAAAUCGGAUCACUGGUUGCUCUUGAAGCCUCUCCAGCACAGAGCCAUAAUUAGUCAUUUUCGCGACCGCCACCAUUUCCACUCCGUCUUCUGCCAUGUCGUCGCUAGACCGUGUCCCGGGUGACCAUAACAUCUAUAUUGGAGGGAUGUUCAGCCUUCGAAGAAAGGACGCUUUUCAGAAGGCCAAUAUUACACACGUUCUAUCAGUGCUGCGCAUGGGCCUGGAUCGAGAGCUUUUCGAUCCCUUUCACCACAUGCAAAUCGAGGUGGAUGAUGUUGAAGACGAAAACCUUCUGGUUCAUUGGCCGUCAACCAACAAAUUCAUUCAGGAAGGUCUUGAUGGCGGAGGUGGCGUCUUCGUGCAUUGCGCGAUGGGUAAAUCGCGAUCAGCAGCUACCGUUAUAGCCUUCUUACUGCAGAAACAUCGCAUUAUGCCACAGGAAGCUUUGGAUCUUCUUCGUCAGGCUAGACCCAUCUGCGAACCCAAUGAAGGCUUCAUGCACCAGUUACAGCUCUUCCACGAAAUGAAUACCCCUGAUGAUGUCGAAAGCUCUCCAGUCUAUCAACGGUGGAUGUACAUGCGCGAGGUGGAGAUGAGCCGUGCAUGUGGACAGGCCCCUGAUGCCGAUAAGAUCAGGUUCGAAGACGAGCAUACACAGAGUAUCGACAAAGCACGCUUUGAAAUGAAGUGUCGCAAGUGCAGGCGUCCAUUGGCUACGUCGCAAUUUUUAGAGCAACACAGCAAAUCCACUCUAGAGGACAAAAAGAUAGAAAAAACCGGGAAUCCUUCACUCGCAGAUUGUGCUCAUUAUUUUGUCGACCCGCUAUCCUGGAUGCGCCAUGAGCUCGAGCAAGGUAAAGUCGAAGGCCGCCUGGAAUGCCCAAAGUGUCGGACCAACGUUGGGAAAUACGCGUGGCAGGGCAUGCAGUGUAGCUGUGGCACCUGGGUCGUGCCUGGUAUUAGUCUGUCCAGAAGUCGCAUUGACGAAGUGAAGGCUCGUGCGACUGCUCCUGGGCUGGGCAUUCGUCGCCCUCCUGGUUUGCAAGAUAGUCAAACAGAGCGGAAUGCGACAAUUGCUGUCAAGUUGAACCUUUGAGAGGUCCAAUGCAUGACUGCCAGGGACGUCCACAGCACCUUAUUAUCACUAUGGUUCCUAUCAAAACAUUGAAUCGAAAAUGAGUCUCGUACCAGCUCCAAGGAUGAGGAAUCAGAACCUGCAACUCAGUACCAUGAGAGAUGCC